AUGCUCCACGUCGUCACACCACGGUACACCCACGCUUUGCACGAGGCAUGUCAGUGCAGCGCACUCGGCAACAGCAGCGUUGGCUUGAUGCUGGACCCGGACGCAGGCUCGGAGGCGACUUUUAUUGCUGACAUGGCGGCACGGCGAGCGUCCGGCAAGAUCGUCGCGCUCUCACUGGGCGGCCAACAUGGUGCCGCGAUGCGACCGAGAUGGCCAACUUUUUUCGUCUCGAGUCUUUUGACCAAGUAUGGCUUGGACGAUAUCGACUUGGAUUUGGAGGACGGCGUCCCGCAAGGUCUCCCGAUCAUCACCAACCUCAUCAACGGCGUCAAGCAGCUCAAGCAAAAGAUCGGCGAGCGCCUCUAG